CUCAGGCUGUAGGUGGGCUGGCUGGUCGUGUAGGACAUGCCUGCUACGUGGGACCACUAGGGUUGGGGCUAGUGCCCUACACUUGUAUACUACCCUGUGCACACUGAAAUCCAACUCACCCAUGCCUAUUUCCUGUAAUGGACGAACUUGAUGCUAAUGUGAGUUCCAAGGAGGGUUUCGGGUCAGCGGAGAAAGUCGUGCUGCUCACAUUUCUCUCGGCUGUUAUCCUGAUGGCAGUCUUGGGGAACCUGCUGGUGAUGGUGGCUGUGUGCAGGGACAGGCAGCUCAGGAAAAUAAAAACCAAUUAUUUCAUUGUGUCUCUUGCCUUUGCGGAUCUGCUGGUGUCAGUGCUGGUGAUGCCCUUUGGUGCCAUUGAGCUGGUUCAAGACGUCUGGAUUUAUGGGGAGAUGUUUUGCCUCGUCCGGACAUCUCUAGAUGUCCUGCUCACAACGGCAUCGAUUUUUCACCUGUGCUGCAUUUCUCUGGAUAGGUAUUAUGCCAUCUGCUGCCAGCCUUUGGUCUAUAGGAACAAGAUGACCCCUCUGCGCAUCGCAUUAAUGCUGGGAGGCUGCUGGGUCAUCCCCAUGUUUAUCUCUUUUCUCCCUAUAAUGCAAGGCUGGAAUAACGUUGGCAUAAUUGAUUUGGAAAGGAUAUCCAAACCAAGGCUGGGCCAGGAUUUGCAUGUGAUAGAAAAAAGGAAGUUCAGCAAGAACUCUAACUCUACGUACUGCAUCUUCAUGGUCAACAAGCCCUAUGCCAUCACCUGCUCUGUGGUGGCCUUCUACAUCCCGUUUCUCCUCAUGGUGCUGGCCUAUUAUCGCAUCUAUGUCACAGCUAAGGAGCAUGCCCACCAGAUCCAGAUGUUACAACGGGCAGGAGCCCCCUCAGAGGGCAGGCCCCAGCCAGCAGACCAACAUAGCACUCAUCGCAUGAGGACAGAGACCAAAGCAGCCAAGACCCUGUGCAUCAUCAUGGGUUGCUUCUGCCUCUGCUGGGCUCCAUUCUUUGUCACCAAUAUUGUGGAUCCAUUCGUAGACUACACUGUCCCUGGGCAGGUGUGGACCGCUUUCCUCUGGCUUGGCUACAUCAAUUCUGGGUUGAACCCCUUUCUCUACGCCUUCUUGAAUAAGUCUUUUAGACGUGCCUUCCUUAUCAUCCUCUGCUGUGACGAUGAACGCUACCGAAGACCUUCCAUUCUGGGCCAGACUGUCCCCUGUUCAACCACAACCAUUAAUGGGUCCACACAUGUGCUAAGGGAUGCAGUGGAGCGUGGUGGCCAAUGGGAGAGUCAGUCCCACCCCCCAACAACUUCUCCUUUGGUGGCUGCUCAGCCCAGUGACACUUAGGCCCC